AAAAGGUUCAGGCAAAGGCAGGGUCACUUCUACCCGAGUUAAUAGCAAAACCUAGUGAAAGAAAGACCAUAAGGGAAGAAAUGUGUUUGUAGUACUCCUCGUCCUGAUGUCACAGGCACAGCAAGGACAUCACAAGGAGGAGUCAGAUUACAGUAAGAAUGGGCAGUGCAGCAUGCAGCGAGAGUCAGUGCUAAAUCAGAGAGGAAUUGUAUCGGGGAUAAGUCUGCCUUCAAAGCCCUGAUCCCAAGGAGGCUCACACUGCUCCUCGCUCUGUUCGAGGCUGGGAAAUUUCCACAUCAUGUAGAAUGAAAGGAGCUUGCUCUGCUUUUCCAAGCAGCUCAGUGCGGGAGCUAAUGCUGAACACACAGCAGAGGGAUCCUGACUGCAUGAUUAAUGAGAAACAUAAUGUAUUUUGGAGGUACAUGCCAGAGUCCUGCUCUUCCAGCCCUGGUACGUCCUCCAGCCCCAGCUUUGCAGCCAUCGCUGGAUAUCAAACCUUUUCUUCCAUUUCCUCUGGAUACUGCGGCAGCUGUAAAUCUCUUCCCCAACUUCAAUGCAUUUCAGAACAAGAAUAUGCACAUCUCUUGGCCACAGUUCUGCAACUCAGUUAUAUCCAAAAAAUUACCAGGGCUGGCUCUGGGUAGAGAAGAUUCAAAAGAGGUAGGGGCUAACUUUGGAACUCUACUGAUCGGAGAAAUGGACCCAAUUCAAAAAGCAGUAAUAAAUCAUACGUUUGGGGUUCCUCUUCCUCACAGAAGAAAGCAAAUAAUAUCGUGCAACAUUUGUCAGUUAAGAUUUAACUCAGAUAGCCAGGCUGCGGCCCACUACAAAGGCACUAAACAUGCCAAGAAGCUCAAAGCACUGGAAGCCAUGAAAAAUAAGCAGAAAUCUGUAACUACCAAGGACACCGCAAAGACUACCUUCACUUCCAUCACUACCAAUACCAUCAAUACCAGCUCUGACAAAACAGCAAACAGUACAACAGGGACACCAGCAAUAUCAACAGCCACAACAGUUGAAAUUCGGAAAAGCAACAUCAUGACGACUGAAAUCACCUCUAAAGUUGAAAAGCUCCCCACAACAGCCGCUACCAGCAACACAUGUUCUUCUGGAGAGACAGAGGAAGAAAAGGCCAAGCGACUCCUUUACUGUUCACUAUGCAAGGUUGCUGUCAACUCUGCCUCACAGUUGGAGGCUCACAACAGUGGCACGAAGCACAAAACUAUGUUGGAAGCACGAAAUGGAAGUGGAACCAUCAAAGCCUUUCCCCGGGCAGGUGUCAAGGGCAAAGGACCCAUUAAUAAAGGAAACACGGGACUUCAGAACAAAACAUUUCACUGUGAAAUUUGUGAUGUGCAUGUAAAUUCUGAGACACAACUUAAACAGCACAUAAGCAGUAGAAGGCACAAAGACAGAGCUGCUGGGAAACCCCCGAAACCCAAAUACAGCCCCUACAACAAACUACAGAAGGGAACACACCCUCUCGGGGUAAAAUUAGUAUUUUCAAAAGAACCUACAAAACCAAUGGCUCCACGCAUCCUACCAAAUCCUCUUGCAGCUGCUGCAGCAGCUGCUGCUGUGGCCGUCAAUUCCCCUUUCAGUCUUCGAACAGCCCCAGCAGCUACCCUCUUUCAGACUUCAGCCCUUCCUCCAGCACUUCUCCGACCGGCCCCGGGGCCUAUACGGACCACCCACACACCCGUGCUCUUUGCUCCUUACUGAACUCCACAAAGGGAUUAAUCGUACUGCAAUAAUUUUUCAGAGCAAAAGCAAAACAAGAACAAUGAACUAUGCAGUGUUUAUUUAUAGUUAAUGUAAAAUGUGUAUAUAUAUAAAUAUAUAAAUGAAGAGCUAGGACUUUUGAUAGAGAACUGAACAAAUUCUAAAGAGGGGGAAGAAGCAGUAUUUUCUCCAGAUGGAAACAUUUGUCUUGAAUCUCAACCAUUUAAAAAGUGGUCCUACAAAUGUUGAUUCAUAGCUAUAUAUAUAUAUAUUUAAAAAGGUAUGAGUUCAUUUUGACUGUGCUUUUUAGCACAUAUUCCCCCUGCAAUGUCUUUCCUGCUUAUAAGACAACUUUACAGAAUUGUCUAAAGGGCAUUAACUGGUUCCAAUGUACAUAAAAUACUUAUAGAAUAAAAGCAGAACAAAACAAAAAAAAAUAGAAACACUGUGAAUAGUCAUACUCUUAACAAGACUCCUGCCAAGUCAGCAUUUCCUGGGUAUUUAUCAGAGUAAAAGUAGAUACAAUAGCUGUCUUGUUAAGCACUAGUAUUGUGUCUCUAUCUGUGCCACUAGGUUUGUGAACUGAGACGGUAAAAGUGCAUCACCUCCCCUUGAUCAGUUGCCACAGGGAUAGCCAGCCUAGUUACCAAACCAAUUCAAAUGACUGCAUUGCAAUCAAUGCCAGCAUGGAAGGAGCUGCCUUGCAGCUGGAAUCCAGAGCUUGUGCAGGAGGGC